AUGGCCUCUCAUGCUGUUAUUUGGCGAGAGGUGUGGUGGUUGCUCGAGGAGAGGGGCGGGGAGUUAACUGAGCGCGUGCUGAAGGUACAAGCGCAUCCUCGGGUCCUGGACUUCCGUCUCGGUAGCACCUCGAAGCGCCAGAAUGCUGGCAAUGUUAUUGCCGAUCGUUUUGCGAAGUGGGCAGCUCAGGCGUCCAGGACUCCUGAGGCCCAGCGCGAUGCCAUCGCCAACCGAGCCAAGAUACUGAAGGCUUGGUGCAGGUGGAUCUCCAAGGUCGGGGAGGGCGACGACACGUUCCACCCGUCGCAG